CUCGGUUUCGCUGCUCACAGCCUCGUGCCGAGGUUCACUGACGGUGCGUUUGAGCCGUGCCUGAAACCCGCUGUCCGUGUUGAUUUUAAAAUUAAGGAAACGAUUGCCGACGGCCAUGCAGUACAGCUUGCAAUAUGGGACACAGCAGGUCAGGAGUGCUUUAGAACACUGACUCCCAGUUAUCACUGAGGAGCAUAAGGGGUUGAGCUAGUAUAUGAUGUUACAAGAAAAGACACUUUUGUGGGACUAGAGAGAUGGCUGAAUGAUCUGGAAACGUAUACUACCAAAAGCAACACUGUGAAGAUGUUAGCUGGCAGUAAAACUGAAAAGCCUGAUCGUGAAGUAGAAGGACUCCAGUUUGCUAUGAAACACUCACUGCUUUUUAUAAAGACCAGUGCCAAGACACAGGAUGGAGUGCAACAUGCCUUUGAAGAACUAGUCAUAAAGAUUCUGCAGACACCAGGUCUUUGGAAUAAAAGCACAGAAAAGGCCAGAUUGCAGCUAAUGGAAUCUUAAGCACACCAGGACAAAAGCUUCUGUGGUGCAUACUGUCCACUUUUUAAAAAUCUGCAGAUGGCUGUUCUGUCUGGAGUGGAUUUUUUUUUGUGCUCAAGUAAAGGCAAGCAGAACAGGAAAAUAAUGAAACCAAGGUAUUUUGAAGAGGCUUGUUGA